AUGGACAACCCACCAGCAGCCCUCGGCCUCUCCCAUUCAAAUCCCCAGCUCUCAACCUCAACCACCCUCAGCACCCCCGCCGCAGCCCAACUGCAGUCCCAGAGCCAGCCGCAGCCGCCCACCAGCCAACAAAACCAACCCCAACCCAGCGACACCACGCAACAACCGCAGUCGCAAUCACAGGCCUAUCCGCACCAGAUAACCGGCGACGGCGGCCCGACCGCGACAGCACCGUUCCUGAAAGACUUCAGUCUCGUCGCUGAAGCCGCGAAACGGGCGCAGGUGGCCAUUGUGACGAGGGAUCUCGAGGGCGUUUCGUUAUAG